AUGGGCCCUGCUCUGCAACCUUACCUUUCGCCUGUCGCUACAGAAAAGCUGAAGAAGGUCCAGUCGGAACCUGUCCCGCCGUUCAUCGCUCGUGUUAACGCCCAGGCGAAUAUGACAGUGAUUCCCAAGAACGUCUUCCAGGCACAAGUCCAAGGUGUGACUAUUUCAGCCGCCGCUAAUCAAUUGGGGGCCGUGGAGAGGAUCCUGUCCGAAGCCCAGCCUCCACCCCUGGAUGCCUCUUCUCUCCUGGGUGUCUUCCAGCUGUUGAAAGAGGUGUCCGAUGUGGAGGUGGAAGAACCGAGUCAGCUGGCAGCACUGGAACAGCUGGGUCAACAUUAUGUGGAGGUUACAGGGAGACUCCUGGAGGAGAAGAUUACAGAGGAUUGGUCUCAGAUCAAGAUGAUCAUUGGGGGACCCAUGACGGUGGUAGAGAACGUGGACAAAAUGGCUUCCAGCCUCCAUCAGCUCUUGAGCCCCGACCGAGAGAAAGUCGCCUUUCGCAGUAAGAACGUCGGGAUUGAGGUCCAACGGGCAGAGCUGGGCCCAGAGAGCAAUGGCGGGGGGGCCUCCCUGAUGCCCACCCACCGCUGGGACCCGCUGGAUGUAAUAGAGAUCCCAGCAGAGGAAGUGGAGCGCCUGAGAGUGAGAGGUCUGCGUCAAAUCACCCUCACCCAUACUUGGUACAGCUAUGGGGCCCUCCAGCACCUUCUCGCCAGCACCAGUGCUGUGUUCAAAGACUCCGCUGUGUCCGACGGCGGACGGAGGCAUCUCAGUACCCAGGUGGCCUCUUCCAUCAUCUCCUCUAGCUUGGUCAGCAACUAUGAGGAAAUCAGCACGUCUGUGCGGUACCGUCUUCGGCAUCGGGUUCAGGCUUUACCAGACCAAUUUGUGGAGCCAGUCUGUGCUUUUUGGAACUUCAGCAGAAGUCCUGAAGGUGUUGCUGGAGGCUGGUCGACCAGAGGUUGCUCGGUGUCUUCUUCUCAGGAGGAUCUAACCACCUGUGCCUGUAACCAUACCACCAACUUUGCAGUCUUGCUGCAGGUCUAUGAAGUUCAGAGGAGCCUCGAGGAGGAAUCCAUCCUGAAGACCCUGACGUUUGUUGGCUGUGGCGUGUCCUUCUGUGCCUUGAUCGUCACCUUGGUGCUCUUCUUAGCCGUUGGAGUCCCUAAAAGCGAGAGAACGACGGUGCAUAAAAACUUGAUCUUCGCCUUGGCUGCUGCAGAAGCCUUGUUAAUGUUCAGUGAAUUGGCCAAGAUCAACCAGGGUGUUUGCUUCGCGGUCACCGCCUUUCUCCACCUCUUCUUCAUGGCGGCCUUCGCUUGGAUGUUGGUGGAAGGUCUUCUGCUGUGGAGCAAAGUGGUGGCCGUCAACAUGAGUGAGGAUCGGAGGAUGCGGUUCUACUAUGUGACCGGUUGGGGGCUUCCUGUGCUGAUUGUGGGCGUCACCUUGGCCACUUCGUUCAACAAUUACGUGGCGGAGAACCACUGUUGGCUGAAUGUCCAGACAGAAGUCAUCUGGGCUUUCGUGGGACCUGUCCUCUUUGUCCUAACAGUCAACACCUUUGUGCUGUUUCGGGUGGUGAUGGUGACAGUCUCCAGCGCACGGCGUCGGUCGCGGAUGCUGACUCCCAACAGCAGUCUGGAGAAACAGAUUGGGGUUCAAAUCUGGGCCACCACCAAACCCAUCUUGGUGCUGCUCCCUGUCCUGGGCCUCACCUGGGUGUGCGGCAUCCUCGUCCACCUGAGCGUGACUUGGGCUUACAUCUUCAUCAUGCUGAACUCCCUCCAGGGCCUCUACAUAUUCCUGGUCUAUGCACUCUAUAACAGCGAGGUGCGGAAUGCCAUCCAGAGAAUGAGGGAGAAGAAAAAAGCUCUCUCGUUCACGAACUGCUCCCACCCUGUCAAUUACCUGUCAAGCCCCAGGAACACCUCCUGGGAGAUGGCCAGGUUCAACCCAACCACCCCAGAAAACACCACCUGUUCCAGCGAGAAGGAGGCCGCGCACAAGAGCAAAGGGAACUUCAGCGCCAAAAUCCCACGGAGUGUUUCCUCCAUUAUGUCGCCCGAGAAACCGGAGAGCUUCUUAUCCUCCUCCCAUUCUUGGCUUCCAAGCUUGGAGUGGUGGCCAGAAGCUAAGGAGAACAAAGAGAAGACCAGGCAACAUAACCUCCAUCCUAAUGGUGAACUUCUGGUGACCACAUCUACUGUAGUGUCUUAUCCAAAUGAACCACAGCAACAGUGA